CAGCAACAGUACAACUCACAUAGACCUCUUGUCUCUUGUGUGUUGUAUUCAUUGACUCUUAUGGUAUACUAACCAGAAUCAAUGGUCUUUCUUCCCAGGUCGCAUCUCAAUUAACACCAUGAACCCCUCCAACCCCACGGUGACCUUGGACUCGUUACCCAAUGAGGUAUUCGUCCAGAUCUUAUCUGACUUCCCAACCCGAGCACUUCUCCCGCUCACGUCAGUCAACCACCGAUUCCACGCCCUAGUCCUAAGAAUCCUCCACUACCGCCUACUUCUCAACACACCACUCAAGGAAUACAAAUUAUUGCUAGAAUGCUUCCACCCUAGCUCAAAGCUCACCGAGCCACACGUCUUCUGCAAAUACCUCGGUACAGAUGGACUGAGCGAGCGUCAUGAUGGCGCGGGUUCGUUAUAUGAGAAUGUCGAUACCGCCCACCAGCUUGGUAGAGUAACGGGGCUAUAUUCGCGCUUCCGUCCAGAAGUAAGCAAGGACAAAGAAGAAGAAGGAGAUCGAAGCAUAAAUGGCUCCGGUUUCGGUAUCUUGCCAGGUAGGAUGCUUCUGUUGUCGGGUGUAGUGGGAUUCGUACGGGCUGACAUAAAUGGGAGUCGAGGGGGCAAGGGAGAUGAUGCAGUGAUACGUGAAGUUACUUUAGACGGAUAUGAGAAUUUCUCACAGUUAUGUGUGGUGGCCAAUCUAGUGCAAGUCAAGCCGGGAACAUCGUUGCUGUUGAGUGCAUCGACUAUAGAGGAUGGGUUUGUUCGGUUAUGGAGGGAGUGGUUGCGUCGUCAAAGUGAAAGGACGAAGAAGACUACUGAGAUUGACUGGGAAGAGGGGUCCGAAAAAGCGCGGAUGUCUUCUGACGACGAUAUACUGUGGGUGGAUAUGGGCAAGACCGUUGGGUUGAAAGUUCGCGUGCGGCCAAAGGCAUGGGAUCCGUCUUUGCCAGUGCUCAUACACCAGGAUGAUCAGAAUGAAGACUCCUGGGUUGGGUAUGAGGUUAUUUUGCAAGAACUCCACAUCCGCUCCACACGUUUGCUGCUGGCUGUCGAGCAGUCAAAGGAAGAGCAGAAAAUGCAUCAAACCAACGCAAUGGUGAUUGGGGCAGCCUCAAUCUUAGUAUCUUGAGUCCGAGUGGAUAUUUUUGGUAUUUGGCAGUAUAUAAGACAAUUGUAUAUGGUAAAUAUUUAUCCGGGUGCAUAUACAAUAUGGG